AAGAUGUCUAUGAAAUGGAUCUCCCUUCUGCUGCUGCUGCAGCUGAAUUGCUACUUUAGUUCUGGGAGUUGUGGGAAGGUGCUGGUGUGGCCAGUGGAAUAUAGUCAUUGGAUUAAUAUGAAGACAAUUCUGGAUGAACUUGUCACGAAGGGUCAUGAGGUGACUGUCCUGAUAUCUUCAGCUUCCAUUUUUAUUGAUCCCAAUACACAAUCUCUAUUAAAUUUGAGAUUUUUAACUAAAGAUGAUUUUAAGUAUGUCUUCAAGCAUUUGCUUGAUAAAUGGACAUAUUUGGCAAAAGACUCAUUUUGGACUUAUUUUUCAACAGUUGAAAGUAUCUUGUGGGAAUAUUCUGAUAUGCAAAUGAAACUCUGUAAAGAUGUUGUUUCAAACAAGAAACUUAUGACAAAACUACAUGAAUCAAGGUUUGACGUUGUUCUUGCAGAUGCCGUCGGACCCUGUGGUGAGCUGCUGGCUGAGAUACUUCAAAUCCCGUUAGUGUACAGUCUCCGCUUCUCUCCGGGCUUUGCACUGGAGAAGUAUGGUGGAAAACUUCCACUCCCACCAUCCUACGUACCGGUUAUCAUGUCAGAAUUAGGUGAUCAAAUGACAUUCAUGGAGAGGGUGAAAAAUAUGAUGUACGUACUUUAUUUUGACUUUUGGUUCCAGACAUUUAAUGAGAAGAAGUGGAAUCACUUUUACAGUGAAGUACUAGGAAGACCCACUACAUUAUUGGAGACAGUUGGGAAAGCUGACAUGUGGCUCAUUCGAAACUACUGGGAUUUUGAAUUCUCUCGACCACGGCUACCAAAUUUUGAAUUUGUAGGAGGCCUCCACUGCAGACCUGCCAAACCUCUGCCUAUGGAAAUGGAAGAGUUUGUCCAGAGCUCAGGAGAAGAUGGUAUUGUGGUGUUUACUUUGGGGUCGAUUGUCACUAACAUAACAGAAGAAAGAGCCAAUGUGAUUGCAUCAGCCCUUGCCCAGAUUCCACAAAAGGUUCUUUGGAGAUACCAUGGCAAGAAACCAGAUACCUUAGGACCCAAUACUCGGCUGUACAAGUGGAUCCCCCAGAACGACCUUCUUGGUCAUCCAAAAACCAAAGCUUUUAUAACUCAUGGUGGAGCCAAUGGCAUUUAUGAGGCCAUCUACCACGGGAUCCCUAUGGUGGGCAUUCCUUUGUUUGCUGACCAACCCGAUAACAUCGCUCACAUGACGGCCAAGGGGGCAGCUGCCAGACUGGACUUGGACACAAUGUCAACAACAGAUUUGCUCAAUGCAUUGAACCAAGUCAUUAAUAAUCCUUCCUACAAGCAGAAUGCUAUGAGGUUAUCAACCAUUCAACACGAUCAACCUAUAAAGCCCCUGGACCGAGCAGUCUUCUGGAUCGAGUUUGUCAUGCGCCACAAAGGAGCCAAGCACCUGCGGCCAGCCGCUCACGACCUCACCUGGUACCAGUACCACUCUCUGGAUGUGAUUGGGUUCCUGCUGGCCUGUGUGGCAGCUGCUCUCUUGGUCAUCACAAAAUGCUGUCUGUUUUGCUGCCAGAAGUUUCCUAUAGCAGGAAAGAAGGAAAAAAAGGAGUAACUCUAUCUGAGGCCUGAAGCAGGAACACCCCAUACAUGGAUCUGUUUCAGUUGAUUCCAGCAAGAAGGAGUUAUGAUGAGGUUCCUGUCCUCCUGUGACAAAAGGACUUUUUACAAUUUAGCAUCAAAGAUCAAAAUUUGCUUUCAAGGGAUUUUCUUCCUGCUUGAGAGUUAGAAAUAUGUUAUGAAAAGAGAAA